CCUGAUGACGAGUUCAUCAACCGCUUCCAACAAAUCUUCACCGAUAUCAUUCGCCAACGAAACGGCGACAGCAGACCGGAUAGCGAUUUGAAUGGAGAAAUGGGUAAUCCUAUGAUGCCAGUAAAAUAUGCGGACAGCGAGGUUCUAGGUGUGAUGUCUGGAGCUCAUAUAACAAAUGACGGAUCUAGGCCGAAAGGUGACUUGAAAAUGGAUAAGCACGACUUGAAAAUCUCGAACGAUCGAACGCCACGCAACUUGCAAGACCUCAAUUUUACUCCGUCAUGGAUAAACCCGGAUUUGAUGAUGUCCCUCGCUGGUCAUUUCUACACACCUGGCUCGGGCGGACGGGGCACUGUCUUCCACAGUCAGGCGGGCGAUUUGCACACGCCCACGCUCGAUCUGAAUAUGACCACCUCGCUCUCCCUUUCGAAUCCCAUGGCAGGCACACAACCCACUCACCAGCCCUAUUUCGAUCAAUUCAAUCAGCAGUACCUCGCCCAGCACAUGGCAGGUAGGAACCUCUAUGGCGGGGUGGAAUCAUACGCACCAAGCGCAUUUAUCCAUCGUGAUUCGGGCUACGACACUAUGCACGAAUCUCCGGAUGGUACUAUCAAUGACAUCCCGGUGGAUCAAGCAUCAACCAUUACACUCUUUAGGGGCUUUUCGGCUGCUGGCGCCAUGGGCGGCAUGUCCUGUGCCGAAGAUGGAAAUUUUCGUUAUAAUGUAACAUUGCGUGCUCCGACCGCAAUGGUAAAGCAUGCAAAGGAAAUGCCAGUGACCUAUCUCAACAAGGGUCAAGCCUACGAUCUCGCAGUGCUGGACUCCAAUCCUCCGGUUGUCAGCUCUGAGCUGCAAAAAUAUCGAACAUUCGUUCGAGUUUCCUUUGAAGAGGAGGAGCAAAGGUCGAAACCGGCAGCUUGUUGGCAAUUAUGGAAGGAAGGCCGCGGUUCGAAUGAGGCACACCAGAACGGAGGCAAGCUUAUGGCUGUGGAAUACGUGGACCAACUCCAAGGCAAGGGCGACGACUAUAAGCAGCGCCAGGUUCAUGUCGAGCAGACUUCGUUCGAUGGUUUCUGCGUUACCUGGACCGCCGACCCCGUAACUGGCCCUUCCGGUUGCACCAUCCCCGUGCGGUUCAAUUUCCUUUCCACCGAUUUUAGCCUCUCGAAGGGUGUCAGGGGCAUUCCGGUCCGUCUAUGUGCGAAGACAGAGCUUCUAUCACCAGGGGAGGAAGUCGGUGCGAUACGCGAAGCGGAGGUGUGCUACUGCAAGGUCAAAGUCUUCCGCGACCACGGCGCCGAGCGCAAGCUGUCUAAUGACGUCGCCCAUGUCACGAAGGCCGUCGAAAGGUUGAAGCAACAGAUUGCGGAAGCAAAAAUGGGAGGAGGAUUCGGCAAGCGCAGGCGCGGGAGCAAUUCUGUGGCCAGCAUCAAGGGUCCCGCUCAGCCUAUGAAAGCUUCCAAGCACAAGCGCGCCUGGUCGAUGAGUUCACAGUACGAGGCGCCGGAUAAGAUAUCUUUAACGGAUGAUCUGCAAGCCAAGCUGUCCAUGUUACAGGCCAUGUUGUCGUCCACUCGCACUGUGAGCGUUCUGGCUCUCGGUGGCGACGAUGAAGAUGAUCCUGAUCUCUACCCAAUCCGAUUAUCGGUUGAUAGCGAUUUUGUGAGGACAGAAGCCCUCAGCCGUCAAAACACCGGAAUUUUGCAGUCCAUAGAGUCCUUGAUUCUUCCGCCGACCGGCAAUGUCUCAUUGAACUCGCCUUGCAUGGAUACCACUCAAUUAGCUAGUUUGAAGAAUCCGACUAUCAUGCAUAGAACCACCUCGGGUAAUACAAAUGUCUCGACGGGGUUCAUCGAGGCUGUCGACAUCGAUCGGAAAUACCGACCACCUGCGGAGCGGCCACCCAAGCCGAUCGCAUGCUUCUAUAUCGGGUUCCGGGGGUACGGAGAGCAUCCUCCCGACUACUACCGUGCAAUCUACCUGACUGAGCGUACCGCCCGGGAGUUGAUGAAGAAAAUUUCCGAGAAGCAAGACAUCGAUCCAGCAUGUGUUGUCCGCAUUUUUCAUAUGAGCCAGAACGGCAUACGGAUUAUGGUCGAUGACGAUGUUGUGCGUCACAUUCCGGAAGGUCAAGACAUGGUUGUCGACAUCUACGAAGGGCCGAGCCCUGGUGGCAGCGGCGGUAGCGGCCAUAUCGGCUCCUCGGUGGAGAUCAAACUGACCUUUUAA